CGCGCCGGUUGGGACCAGGACCGGGGGCUGGUGGGCCUAGCCCGCCCGGAACCGGCAGAUGGCUGCGUGUUUGGGGCUGGGUGGGGCCGGGUUGGUCUGUAGAGCGGUAGCGAAUGUGUUCAUUCAGGAGAUGCUGUUGGCUCCCCUCCGCUGGCCAGGCAUUCCGUGAUGUGUGCGCUGAGCCAUAGCAGCGGAGAACCAGCGCGGCAGGCCCCCGUGGAGGUGACAGUCCAGGGGUGAGACAGACAGGCGGCCAGUAAAUGGAAAUAGUGCUGACGGGGCAGAGCUGUGAGGACAGGACACCCGGUGACGUGUUAGCGUGUGAGGAGAAGAUGAACUGAAUCUUCUAGUGAUUAUAGUUGAUGUCAACCCAAUUUGGUGGGGAAAGCAAGCAUUAAAGGGAUCCCAGUUCACUCUGUCGAAGUGCAUGGACGCCGUGAUGGUGCUGGGAAACUCACACUUGUUCAUGAACCGGGCCAACAAGCUCGCAGUGAUCGCGAGUCACAUUCAGGAAAGCCGAUUCCUGUACCCUGGGCGGAACGGGCGACUCGGAGACUUCUUCGGGGACCCUGGCAACCCCGCUUCUGAAUAUAACCCCUCGGGGAGCAAAGACGGGAAGUACGAGCUGCUGACCGCAGCCAAUGAAGUCAUCGUGGAGGAGAUCAAGGACCUGAUGACCAAGAGUGACAUAAAGGGGCAGCACACAGAGACGCUGCUGGCAGGGUCCCUCGCCAAAGCUCUGUGCUACAUCCACAGGAUGAACAAGGAGGUUAAAGACAAUCAGGAGAUGAAGUCCAGGGUGCUGGUGAUCAAGGCGGCGGAAGACAGCGCCCUGCAGUACAUGAACUUCAUGAAUGUCAUCUUCGCGGCGCAGAAGCAGAACAUUCUGAUCGAUGCCUGUGUUUUAGACUCGGAUUCAGGCCUCCUCCAGCAGGCUUGUGACAUCACAGGGGGACUGUACCUGAAGGUGCCUCAGAUGCCCUCCCUCCUGCAGUACUUGCUGUGGCUUUUUCUUCCUGAUCAGGACCAGAGGUCUCAGUUAACCCUCCCACCCCCAAUUCACGUGGACUACCGGGCCGCCUGCUUCUGCCACCGCAACCUCAUUGAGAUCGGCUACGUGUGUUCCGUGUGCUUGUCCAUUUUCUGCAACUUCAGCCCCAUCUGUACGACCUGCGAGACGGCCUUUAAGAUCUCUCUACCUCCCGUGCUGAAGGCCAAGAAAAAGAAACUGAAGGCGUCUGCGUGAUGACGAGCUUCCCAUCUCCCAGAGCUGCCUGGGGACACGGGGUGCGGGGGCGGGGAGUCUUUGUAAGGAGGCUCUGAAAAAAUACAGAUACGUGUAAGAGUUCUUAAUGCGGUUCCUUACAGGGUGCAGUCCCAAAAGAUCACCCUCUCCUGUGGGGACUGCUGUACGUGGGAGCCCUUCUCUGCAGUGUCCAAGCCCUGGAAUGCUUCCAGAGGGUUCUGUCCGGACGGGGAAGAAAGCACACAAUCAUGUGUCACAUCAGCCUGUCCUGACUGGUCGUAGGCUUUAGAGCUUCUUACUGGGAAGUGUUACAGGUGGAAUUGGAACCCAGUUUUAGAUAAAGGAGUGAUGGCCCUAAUCAACGUGCAGCGUCUUACAUACUCGAUCCACUUUCAAACCCUUGUUGUCUACGUUGAGGUUCAGCUUCAGAUAUUUGCAGUUACUUAUUCCUUUGUGUGACGAUACCCAAGUAAUAAUAAUAGUUUGUCACGGAUUCACUGCGAAAUGGCUUUAAAGGAGUCAGGCGAGUGAGUGCAGGAGUCUGGUGGCAACUUCUUCAAAAACAAUUGGGCGAAGAGAUCAUUUGUGAAAGCUGAUGUCUGGGCUGUGAGGGGUACCACAGGGUUGUCGGGGGUGGUGGUGGUGUGGAUUCUUUAUAGUCACCUGCAGACUCAAUCCGUUCUUUUUCACCAAGGAAAAGAAAAGUAUUAAUAUUGGCGAACUGAUCUCUGGAAGCUUUGGACUUAAUACUGAAAAUUUCUGUAGGUUCAAACAAAAAAAAUAUAUUUGUAAUUUCAGCAAUAAAAAACUUAUUUUUCCGUGUGACCUUGAAGUUUUUAAAAGUCCUUUUAAAUUCCAGCAUAGUGUGGGGAGCGUUUUCAGGAACAGUGGCUGAUUUGGUUUGUUUUUAAAAGUAUGUUGCCAAGGGGAACAUCUGUAAUAUUUCAACAACAAAAAAGUAUGUUGGCAAAUUGUGUAUCCAAUCUUGUAUAUAAAUGAGAUUUAAAUCUUCUCUUUAUACCAUCUCGGAAGCUCAGUCUCACUUAAGUAACUUUAGGUGUUUGGUUAGAUUAUUUCAGGUAGGUUUUGUAUUCUGGACUUACGAUUUUAUUAACUACAUAAAGAUUUUUGUGAUAACUUUGCAAGUAUUUGUUAAUUCUUGAGUUUGAGAAUCUGUCUUUUUAAAAAUAUUUAAUAUUCAUAGCCUCAUUAAGUGUAACGGAAAUCACUAUUUUAAGUCUAGGAAAGCAUUGUAUAUCUAAAAGACAUAAUUUCAAGAAGUUUGAUAAGGUUCUUGUUAAUUUUCACUGGAAAUGUUUUUAUAUACUGUCCUAGUUCUGUUUGUUUUAUUUUUAAUGGUUGUGUUUAUGGUUUAUUUUAUAUAAAUUUUUGUAAUAAAAUAAUUUAAACUUUAA